AUGCCCAUCACCAUCCUCAAACCACAAGCCGCCUCCCGCCGCCCACUCUCAUCCCUCGUCGCAGAGCCCGACUCCGACUCCGACCCCGACUCCCCCGGCGGCGUCGACAUCGAAGGCGACGUCUCCAUGGGCGGGACCAAGCGAAGGCACAGCAUAGACGCAGACGAGAUCCUCACCCCCGGCACCAUCAUCACAUCCAACCCCCAGUGGAUGCGCGGCCACGGGACAUAUCUGCCCGCCUCGACGCAGUCCAUAACCUCCUCCCUAGCCGGCACGCUCACCAAGACCAACAAGCUCCUCUCGGUGCGGCCCCUGCGCGCGCGCUACACCCCCGAGAUAGGCGACCUCGUCGUCGGCCGCAUCACCGAGGUGCAAGCCAAGCGGUGGCGCGUCGACGUGGCCGCCAGCCAGCUCGCCAUCCUGCAGAUCAGCGCCAUCAACCUCCCCGGCGGCAUCCUCCGCAAGCGCACCGAGACGGACGAGCUCCAGAUCCGCUCCUUCUUCUCCGAGGGCGACCUCGUCGUCGCCGAGGUCCAGCAGCUGCACCAGGACGGCGCCGCCUCGCUGCACACCCGCUCCCUCAAGUACGGCAAGCUGCGCAACGGCGUCUUCGUGAGCGUCUCGGGCACCGGCGGCGGCGGCGGCGUCGUCAGGUCGAAGCGCCAGGUGUGGACCAUGGAGGGCGCCAACGCCGCGGGCAAGAUUGACGUGCUGCUGGGCGUCAACGGGUACAUCUGGAUCAGCAAGCACCUCGACAGCGAGGUGGCCGCCGAGGCGGCGGGGAUCAACCGCAUGGAGGAGAGCGUCAGCAGCAGGGUGUACUCCAGCCAGAAUGACGACAUCGACGUGGCUACCAUGAGGGAGAUUGUGAGGGUGAGGUGUGUGAUUCUAGCGCUUGUUGAGAACGGCGUGCGGGUGGAUGAGGAUAUGGUCGAGAGGGGGUAUAUGGAGGCUGUGGAGAUGGCGAGGGAGGAUGAGGGUGAUGAUUUGUAUCUGGGAGGCGACAAGGGCUCUCGGCUGGCUGCCAUUUUGGCCGGUCGUUGA